GUCCAAUUUCCUGAAAGUGAGAAAUUCAGUCCUGAUGAUUCAGAGAUACUGGCGUGGGCAUAACUGCAGGAAGAACUACGGUGCUAUGCGGAUCGGCUUCCUGAGACUGCAAGCCCUCUACCGAUCCCGCAAGCUCCACAAGCAGUACCACAUGGCCCGCAGGCGGAUCAUCGAGUUCCAGGCCCGCUGCCGGGGCUACCUCGUCCGUAGGGCUUUCCGACACCGCCUCUGGGCCGUCCUCACUGUCCAGGCGUACGCCCGGGGCAUGAUCGCCCGGAGGCUCUACAAGCGUCUUCGGGGAGAGUAUCAUCGACGUCUGGAAGCAGAGAAACUUCGGCUGGCGGAAGAGGAACGACUCCGAAAAGAGAUGAGUGCGAAGAAAGCCAAGGAGGAAGCAGAAAAGAAACACCAA